AUGGACGGGAUGCGAGCCCGGACAUACCAAGCGAUCUUUGUGAUUAACUACUAUGGUGUCGCAUUUGAUCAUCUUGUUCCAGCCGAUGAUACCGAUCCUGAGGUGAUACAGAUAAAUCUUGCUGAGAUGGAGGAUCAUGAUGAUGGUGUUAAGGCAAGCCAAUGGCUUUUGUUUCCUAUCGAUCCGAAUGAGUUCAUUGGCAAGAAAGUACUUGCAGUGCCAAGAUGUUGUCAAGUGAGAAAGGGGACGACAGACCGCAAGCGAGUGAAUGGAUUGACGAAUAUCAGACAACGAGGUUGGGAUUGGUCGAAGGCAUUUGGUGUUGUAGAGAAGAAAAAGACCGAAAGUAACCUGAAUGACGCAUAA